UACUGAACCACUCCGAAAGACCGAGAAUAGAGGAUAAACAAAUCAACUGGUUUACACAAGCUCAAGCCGAAGCAAUGACAUCCAGCAACUGAAUUUGCUGCAUUAGAGUGCCUCGAAAUAGGAGAACAAUAUUGCCAGACUUAAAAGCGAAUGUAAAGAAAUCAGACUGUUUAUACAAACCAGUAGGGUACUUGUUAAAUAUUGGAUUAGUUUCGUCUUCGUCUUCGUUUAAGCUUAUGACAGUUGCUUAUAACUUAGUUACCGCAAGCUGUAAACUUUCAAUGGGAACUCAGAUCGAAGGUUCUCAACCUUUUUCAGAAGCUUUGAAAAAUACUGAAUUUUCGAUAGAAGAAUAUUUGAAGACUGUUUUUCAUGAAAAACUUUUAAUUAACGCACCUACCGAUGAAGACAGAAACCUAACAAAUUCAACCAAGCUACUUGAGAAAUACAAGGAGCUAAAAAAUGUGCAGAGUGCACUACUUGCUAAGAAAGAGGAGUUUAGGGUUAAAAUGGAGUGUGUUCAACGAAGAAGAGAAGAACUUGAGAAAAAAGAGUGUGAACUCAAAGAAUCACUCAUUAAAUUCGAUCAGUUUUUCAAAGACAAUGAUGAGAAAAGAGUGAGAGCAAUGAAGAAGAUAUCAACGGAGAAAAGCUUGCAGCAUCAAAAGCAAAAUGAAAUCAACGCUUUGAGUGCAGAUAUAUCACGUUUCUCGAAACUACGUGAGAAGCAAGAAAAAAAAGUCAAAUCACUUCUGAAGUAUCGGCUGUUUCUUGAGUCUGUAGUUAAAACGUCUGAUGAAUUUUCCGAUGUCUAUGAGCUUAUAUCUCGAUACGAUGCACUGAAAGCUAACUUAGAGGAUUUGAAGACUUCGGAUGCGAAGAACCAGAGGAUCAUAGAUGAAAAAACCAUGAGUUAUUUAAUUUUAAGAAAAUGAAACAAGACGAAAAACUUUCUUUAACAAACGAAAUCGCCGAACUCCGUAAUCGUUUGAGACUUCAGCAGAUGCAAGGGCGAAACAAAGAAACACAAUGGGAACACACAAGAGACAUAUCGGCAAAUCGCAUCUAUGAACUUAGCACCAUUGUUAUAGCUAUUGCCAACAUGUAUACACUUGUGCGCUCACACCAGAAGUAUGGUGAGACAGCAAAGCCAAAUGAAACUUGUCGACAACUACGGACAAUUAAAAAUUUUAUACAAACUUUGGUCAAGAUAAUUGAAGAAGUUACACAAAAAUCCUAAGAUUAUUAACCUUUACUAUUGAUUCCUUUUUGUUUUUACUGAGAAAUACAAAAAUGAUCAUGUAAAGUAUGCAAGAUU